AUAGACCAGUGACACACAACAGAAUAGGAGAGUUGGGGACUCACACCUAUGUCCUACCCUAGCGAGUCCUAGCCGGCAACGAGGGUAUAAAUACAGGAUCUCCUCAACCAAGCUUCCACUCGCCCACUUAUUGGUCUGGUGUCCGUGUCUCUUCCGCGGCGACAGGACUACGUUAAGGGACCCUCUAAGGUGUCUUGUGAUACUCGGUUUUUGAAAGCAGGAUGACUGCAAAAAUAGAGAAGGUCCUACUGCUUGAUGGGGUGGAUUCUGUGUGCGGGGAGAUCUUGCAGAAGGCUGGCAUCAAAGUCACUGUUCAUGCCAAACUAUCGAAAGAACAGUUAGCGGAAGAACUGAAGAGCCAUGACGGAAUGGUGGUGCGCUCGGCUACCAAGGUGACGAGCGACGUCCUUGCAGCAGCGCCCGCCCUCAAGAUCGUGGGCCGGGCGGGGACGGGCGUCGACAACAUCGACGUCGAGGCUGCCACGCGGAGGGGCGUCAUUGUGAUGAACACGCCGGGCGGCAACACCCUCUCCGCUGCAGAGCACACCUGCGCCAUGGUCUGCUCCCUGUCGCGUUCCGUGCCCCAGGCCUGCGCCGCCCUCAAGGCCGGGAAGUGGGACCGGAAGUUGUACAUGGGCUCCGAACUCUACGGGAAGACCCUCGCCAUCGUCGGCCUCGGGAGGAUCGGCAGAGAGGUUGCCAAGCGCAUGCAGUCCUUCGGCAUGACCACCAUCGGCUACGACCCUAUGAUCCCCGCCCACGUGACCGCUGAGUGGGGCGUGGAGUCCAUGUCGCUGGAGGAGCUGUGGCCGCGGGCGGACUACAUCACGGUGCACACACCGCUCCUUCCUCACACGCGCAACCUCAUCGGGUCGGAGGUCUUGAGCAAGUGCAAGCGAGGCGUCCGCAUCGUCAACGUGGCCCGAGGUGGCAUCGUGGACGAGGCGGCGUUGCUGGUGGCCCUGGAGGACGGCCGCUGCGGAGGGGCGGGCCUGGACGUGUUUCUGGAGGAGCCCCCGACGGACCUCACCCUCUGCCAGCACCCGAAGGUGAUCUGCACUCCCCACCUCGGAGCCAACACCAAAGAGGCGCAGCGUCGCGUGGCCUGCGAGAUCGCCCAGCAGAUGGUGGACAUGAUGCAAGGAAAGCCCUUGGUGGGCGUCAUCAACGCCCCGGCGCUCACCAACGCCACCAGCGACGCCUGCAGGCCGUGGAUCGAGCUGGCGCAGUCGCUGGGCUGCCUCGCCAACCGGAUCUCCCAGCCCACGGACACGCCGUCCCUCUCCAUUUCCCUUCAUUUAUAUGGCCCCGGUGUAUCCAAGAUGAAGACGUUCCUCGGUUCGGCCGUCCUCGUGGGGCUGCUGAAGGAGAUGGCGAGCUCGGACGUCAAUCUGGUGAACGCCCCCCUGAUGGCGCAGGAGAUGGGGGUCACCGUCACCGUGGACGACCACCCCGACAUCUGCCCCUCCAUCGCUGCCGCAGGACCCGAGGCCGUGGAGGUCAAGGUCACCAGAGGACUCAAUACACACACGCUUUUGGGCAACGUGUCCGGCGGCCAGGCCACCCUCUACGGCCUCGACGGGUGCGUGUGGGAGGCCGGCCUCACCCUGGGGCGCAACAUGCUUUUCUUCACCGCCUCCCCCGGGACCUCCCCCCUCGCAGCCAUCGCCACACAGCUGGCCAGCCUCCAGGCCUCCCUCACGUCGCUCUCCUCGUCCGUGCCCAACACCAAGGAGGGCUGGCACGUGGCUAGGACCCAGGCCGCCGUCGACUUCCAGAGCGCCAUCCCAAACGCCAGACUCGUAGCUCAGGUAUCCUUCUGAGCGUUGCGAGGGACAGCAGGGCGGGAAGGUCGCUCGUGUCGCAGAGGAUCUAAGGCAUCGUUCCUGUUGCAAAUCCUCAGCAUCGCCGCCAUUGCUUCUGGUCGAGGGCGAAGCUGAGUGGCGAGGGACCGAUCUCGUGUUGUGCUUUGUUAUGGAUUCAGAGAUUUGUUGUUAUCGCUAUUUCUAUUCGCAUCUUGUGCCUUUCUCCACCCAGUUGUUUGUUAUGACACGUAUACAUAUCUAUAUAUCAUACAUAUGUGAUUCUAUAUAUAUGAGUAUAUAUAAAUCCGUAGUAUAUAUUAUAUAAACGAAUGAGUUUCGUUUCCCCUGCACUGUCUGAAAAAUCUUCAUGUAUCUUCCAUUAGACGCUUAUUGUCCGUUGUACCUUGACCCAGAAGAGGGGUCCUUUAUAUAAAAUAAAGUCUUCGUUUUUUUCAAA